CCGUCAGUUCGGGUUUAAGCGUCGGCACGCCGUGACGGUAUUCGCUGCCCAAAGAUCGCACGUUUACACAAAAACGUCAUCGGUAUUUUUUUGAAACGUACGAAUUUAAAGGAAAAAUAAUAAUAUUAUUCAGUGUAAAGUAGCGUACUGUAUGAAAGUUCGAAAACGAAUAUCAUACUCAUGUUUUUUUGGAUUACUUUCUCACAUUACAUACCAAAGAGCUGUUUUAUUUUGUCAAAGUCAAAUCAAUUAAGUAUUCGUAUCGAAAAUACAAUAAAAAAACAGGGUCUUCAUGUAUAGGUAACAAUGGUCAGUUAAUCUUAGAGGAAUUGAGGGACCAUGUCUGACUCAAUAGCUAAUUGCGGUUACGGCAGCAGCGAAGAGACGGCGUCGCUGCUGGUUAAAAGUCCGCCGUCAGUAGUCAGAGGUACUUCUCUCAGCGGUGUUGGCAGUAAUAUUGCGUCUAGCAGCGGUGGAGGAGGAAGUGGUCACGGAGGAAAACCAGUACUAACCAGACAGGACUGCACAACAUCGCUGUCAGCAUCCAUACACCACAAUCGAGAUCUGCGUAAUGCUACACCAAUGUUAGGAAGUAGUGACGAAAGUGGUCCGCCCAUGUGCUUAGCGGCAGGUCUUCAGGAUGACGGUACGGCUGCGAGGUCGGUGCCGGAUAUUGAGCUACACUGCCGAUACUUGGCGGUCAGCCGGUGUCAGUGCCAGCGGCGAAAAAGUCACUGCAUAAUAUCUAGAUCGGUGUCCAGAGAAAGCGUACGGGUUGGUGGACACGGUAGUAUUGGUGGCGGAAGUGGUUGUGGAGUCAGCGGGGGCGGCGGUGGUGGCAGUGGCGUUGGAUCAGCGUACGGACUGUCACCACCGCCGCCAGUGUUACUUACCACAUCACCAAGCUCUAGGAUCAUAAGACAAAGUUCACAACCAGAGGCCACCGGGAGCGUGUCCAUGUGUUCGGGGCACUGUUGUCACAUGCACCAUCCGCCCAGUUCUUCUCUGCGACAGUUAAGAGAUCCGGCCGACAACAUAGCAAUGAUUGCGGCUGACUCACUUCGGAUAAACGGCGCUAUAAGACAGUUCCGACAGGCGGGAGUAUUGCUAUCGGCUCAAACAUUGGCAGCUCAGGGAACCCAGGCACGUCGAGCCCGACUCAGACGAGCAUUGACAGAAGCAGCGAAUUCAGACACAAUUCCAAUCAUCAAAACGCUGCGAAAGCACACGUCAUCGACACUGUCGAUCACCAGUGGAAUGAAGGUGAGCGGUUCUGGUGGCCGAGGCGAUAGCGGCGGAGCGGGCGAGGAAGCCGGCAUAGCAUUGGUUAGCAUACAUUCCGACUAUCCUCGCUUCACCGAAGAACGUACCGGAUUGGUGUGCAAGGGCGCUAGCUUAGUAGGUUCCAGUAGUAAUGUAACCGGUAGUAAACACAAACCAAAUGUUGGAUACAGACUGGGUAGGCGUAAAGCACUUUUUGAAAAACGAAAAAGAAUAAGUGAUUACGCUCUAGUCAUGGGAAUGUUCGGUAUUAUAAUUAUGGUUAUCGAAAACGAAUUAGCUAGUGCGGGCGUCUACCCAAAAACAUCAUUUUACUCGACAUCAUUGAAAACGCUCAUAUCCGUAUCCACAAUUAUUCUAUUGGGACUUAUCAUGGCUUAUCAUGCACUUGAAGUACAGUUAUUUAUGAUCGACAACUGUGCGGACGACUGGCGGAUCGCGAUGACGUGGCAACGAAUAGCCACAAUAACAAUGGAACUAGUGAUAUGUGCCAUCCAUCCGAUACCCGGUGAGUAUUACUUCGAGUGGAAGACCAAGCUAGCAAACAAGCACGGCAAGCUGGAAACGCGAUGGGUGCCGUACGACGUACCGCUAUCGCUACCAAUGUUCUUCCGAUUGUACCUGAUCUGCAGGGUCAUGUUGUUGCACAGCAAACUAUUCACGGACGCGUCGUCCCGCAGCAUUGGUGCUCUGAACCGAAUCAACUUCAAUACGAGGUUUGUGCUGAAAACUCUCAUGACCAUUUGCCCUGGCACGGUGCUACUCGUGUUCAUGGUAUCCCUGUGGAUCAUCGCCAGCUGGACGCUCAGACAGUGCGAAAGGUUCCACGACGAGGACCACGCAAAUUACUUGAACUCCAUGUGGCUGAUAGCCAUCACGUUACUCAGUGUAGGCUACGGAGACAUUGUACCAAACACUUACUGCGGACGAGGCAUCACGCUGUCUUGCGGUAUUAUGGGCGCCGGUUGUACGGCUCUUCUGGUGGCCGUCGUGUCCCGGAAAAUGGAAUUGUCCAGGGCCGAGAAGCACGUGCACAAUUUCAUGAUGGACACACAACUGACAAAACGACUGAAAAACGCAGCGGCUAACGUUCUCCGAGAAACGUGGCUGAUCUACAAACACACCAGACUGGUGAAACGGGUGAACGCAGGCAGAGUUCGGACACACCAAAGGAAAUUUUUAUUGGCUAUAUACGCAUUAAGAAAAGUUAAAAUGGACCAAAGAAAACUAAUGGACAAUGCGAAUACAAUAACGGACAUGGCCAAAACGCAGAACACUGUGUAUGAAAUCGUAUCGGACAUGAGUAAUAGGUACGACGCAUUCGAAGAACGUUUGGUGAACCUUGAAGAUAAAUUGGUAGCCUUACAAGAACAGCUGGAAUUAUUGCCAGAGAUACUGACUCGGUGCAUAGCGCAACACCAAACAACACAAAACAGCGGCAACGCAUCAGCCACCGAGUCCAGACGCCACUUCCUGCAUCCGGAAUCGGCAGCGGUGACCGGACAACUGCAAGCAUCUUUAUCAUCGCCGGCCGGAAGCGGAAGUGGAAAUCCGCUAAUGUUUCCAUCGUCUACGGGCGGUAUGGCCAUCGGUAACGGAUCUUCUGUCAUGUCACACUCGCGCAGUGUGCCGCCAACUGGUGUCGGCGGCGCUUCGCACUAUCAUUGGCCAACCAGUCCAAUACUACCACCAGUCAGCAGCCGAACACCGCACUUGGUUCCGGAACCCAUACAGCCGUCGAGCUGAGCCCACGCCCGACCACCACCUAUCGGAUACCAAUGAUGAUAUUUAAUUACAUUCACAGGAAAAAAAAUGUGUCAGCGAUCAUUUUGAUUGGACUAAACGACAAAAGAAACUGUCCGGAAUUUUUUAACAAACGUCUCCUAAAAGGGCUGUCGAGUUGGUGUUAUGAAGAAAUUAUAAUUGUCGUUACAUGUAUUAAAAUUUCAAAACUUAUAAUAAUAAUUACUGCAAUUAUUAUUGUUAGUAUAUUUAUGUAAUCAUUUAAUAGAAUUAUUUAAACGUUAUGGAUCAAUAACGGCGAUAUUUGUUAUAAUGUAUUAAUUAAGAAUUGCUCAGACUAUUUAAGUGGUUAUUAAUACAUAAUAAUAUGAAUUUCACACAUAGAAUACACGUUUUAAACAUUUAUUUAGAACAUAUAUGCCAGCAUUUGAUAAUAGUUUUAUUUUGGUUCCAAAAUUUUUUUUUUGUCUUUAUUCUAAUUAUUAUGAAAGUUCAUAAAUGAAUAAAAUCAAAAUAGUUGUUUUUUUUUUAAUUUACAAUAGCUCCGGAUUAUAGGUAUAAUAUAAUAUUAUGUUAAUUUUUAAAUAAUAUAUUUUACAGUUACUUUUGCUUAGUACAAUUUUUCAUACGUUACUAUAUAUUUUUCUACGUCAACAAUAAAUUUAAAAAUUUUAAAAAUCUAUUCUAAAAACUAUAUAUACAGUAAAAAAUUGAUUUAUAAUAUAUUCUCAAUUGUCAUUAACAUUGAUACCCAUAAUAUGUCCGUAGAGCUUUUUUACGAUAUUAAUAGACAACUUAAAUAUUAAGAAAUAUAUAUUAUUGUAAUUAUAAUUUUAUAACUUUAUUACAAUAAUGAUUUGUUAUUAUAUUUUAAUGACGACCGAUAGAGGUAAGUACGUCGAAAUGCACCAAAGUUUUCAUAGAUUCUUUAAGAUUAAUAAUAAAAGAUAAGCUAAUUUUUUUCUAAUUAAAUGAUGAUAGAAUAUAAAUAAUGCAAAUUUUACAACAGCUUAACUAUCUAUUUAAAUUAAGAAAUACGCUGACUAUGUACUUACCAAAAAAUAUGGUUGAUUUUUAUAUUCUCAUUCGUCUUUGAAAUUGAUUGCCACAGUAAUGUAUUACAAUCGUGUGGUUAUUGAUUAUGAACUAAUACUAUUCGUCUAAAAAUUAACCGAACGCUUUAAAAUAAAAAACAACAUAAAAAUACCUAGGACACAGAUUAUUAAAUUCUAAAAAAUUAGGAUACAUAUCAUUGUGUUUUACAGGCUAUAAUAUUGAUUAUAAGAAACACAUCGGGUAAAUGUUUAUUAAUUAAUCAACGUCUUAUUAUCUCUAAUCACAUUAGGUCACCUAUUUUAUUAUAAUUUAACUAGUAUUAUCAGUUUUGAUUCUCAAAGUUGACAACCUGAUCUAGAUGGUAGUUUUAUGUUGUAUUUUAUGUUUUAUAGAGUGGUUGUAUAAUUUUAUAAUAUAAAGGGUUCACGCAACAAAAGGAACAUUUUAAAUUAGGACCAAAUCUAUAAUUUUUAAUUUAAGAAUUCUUAUAUAAAAUUACAUCGUUGUAUUAACUGUUGUCGAAUAAAUACAACUAAGGAAUUACGAUUAAUUUGUAUUCGAACAAACAAAUUUAAAAACGUUUUUAGAUGUAAAAUUUUUUGUAUCAAAAACUUAUUAUAAAAUUAAUGUUUCAUAGUUUUCUUUGAAAAAAUAAGUAUUUAUAAAAUUAAUGAUAAGAUAUUAACCCUUGUUAUAAUUCAUUUGAGUUUUAAAUAUAAACAGUUUUAGAAGUGCCUUGAGUUAUCUAUUAAAUUACUCAUUGUUAAAAUUAGUGCGUACUACAAUAACUAUUUUACUAUCAUAACAAUAAUAAAGAUAUAAAAACGUUAUAAGUAAAAUUGUGUAAAAAUAAUAAUAGUUAAAUGUUUUAGUCAUAAAUGAGUAAAAUGUGCCUUAACGCGCUUAGGCCAAAUGAAAAUAUUUACUAAUUAAAUUUAAUAAAAAUGUAUUUUCCUAUACCAACUUAUAGAACGAAUGUUGUAAUGCUUUAGUUUUUGUUGGUGUAAAUAACGAGUUUUGGAAACAAGGCGUGCCACUUAUCAUCAAUUAGUGCAUAAAAUUUGCUUGUAACAAUUUUUUUUAAUAAUAAAAACUGCGUUUUCGGACACCUUACUAUUAAUAUUAUUAUAAGUACCAUGAUAAUUCCGUGUCAUGCAAACGUGGUUUUUACUAUUUAUGCCAUGUACAACCAAUUUUAUAACUCUCUUAUUCUAUUACCUACCUAGUUACUGUACUAAAUAUUUAUUAUAAUGUAUUUCUUAAAAAAUAUAAACAACAGAUAAUAAAAAUUGUUUAAUAUCAUACGAUUUUAUCUUUGAGCAUCCUUUUCUUUUUAUUAUUUAUUGUCUAUACUUAUCUUUUUAUUUUAUUUUAUAAUUUAAUAUGAAGUUAUUAUUAGAUUCUUGUCUGAAAUAUUAUAACAUAAAUAUUUGUAAGCUAAUUAUUGCACAAAUAGUUCUGUUUUAAUAUUGCUCUUAUUUUUUCUUUUAUUGAUAAACACUAGCUACUUCUUUAUACUCAUUAAAUUGUAUAUUAUAUAAAAGACAUUGUUGUAAUACUUAACUGGCUCAUACAUUUUUUUAUGUAAUAAUAUUCAAUUUAAUUUGAUGACAAGUAAACUAUUUGUUAUUCAACUAAAUAUUGAUUCAAUAUAAAAUUCUAUGUAUUAUUAUUUAUUAUAAAUAUGAGUAUGUUAU